UUGCGGCGGCGGCGGCAGCACCAGCGGCAGCGCUGACACAUCCCACCAUGGACAGCUUCGACUUAGCCCUGCUUCAGGAAUGGGACUUGGAGUCUCUGUGUGUCUAUGAACCAGACAGAAAUGUGUUACGGAGGAAAGAACGGGAAAGGAGGAAUCAGGAAACUCAGCAGGAUGAUGGUGCAUUUAGUACAAGUUACUCCCUCUUCAGUGAACCUUACAAGACUAACAAGGGGGAUGAGCUCUCAAAUCGGAUCCAGAAUACUUUAGGCAGUUAUGAUGAAAUGAAAGACUUCUUGACUGACCGAUCCAAUCAGAGUCACCUUGUUGGAGUUCCCAAACCUGGGGUUCCACAGACUCCUAUGAACAAAAUAGAUGAGCAUUUCAUUGCUGACUCAAGACCACAGACCCAGCCUCCCAUCUGCAGCACAUCAUCUUCCACACCAGCAGCUGUACCUGUGCAGCAGAGCAAGAGGGUCACCAUGGGCUGGCAGAAAGUUGGGCAUCCUACAUCUGAUGGCCAGCAGAGGGCAACACAACCAGGACCUCCAAGGACCAUGCUUGGAGACAGCGUCAGCAGGCAGCAGUCACGGUCCAAACAAAGCUGCAGUGUGGAAAUGGGUCUUCAACCUCAAGAAAGGACAUCUACCAUGUCUGCCAAACACAGCAGUGGUGGGCAUUGUGUUCAGAACUUCCCUCCUUCUCUUGCUUCAAAACCAAGUCUAAUCCAGCAGAAACCAACUGCUUAUGUUCGGCCAAUGGAUGGCCAAGACCAGGCCCCUGAUGAGUCUCCUAAACUCAAGUCUUCAACAGACACUAGUGUGCAUUGUGCAUCCUACAGAGGAGUGCCUGUCAAUAAAGCUGAAUCAUCUAGGACCAAGUCCAAGCUAGCAAAAUUUAGCAUUCCCAAACAAGGAGAGGACAGUGGAUCAGGCGAUAACAGCUGUGUUGAAGAAAUAUUACGGGAGAUGACCCAUUCCUGGCCUCCACCCCUUUCUGCUAUUCACACACCUGGUAAAUUAGAACCCAGCAAGUUUUCAUUUCCAAAUAAGGACUCUCAGCAUGUAUCCACUGGACACAACAAUCCAAAGAAAGGUGAUGCUGAGCCAAAGAGUCCGGACAAUGGUACAUCAAAUACUUCAAUGCUAGAAGAUGACCUUAAGUUAAGUAGUGACGAAGAAGAGAAUGAGCAGCAGGCCGCACAGAGAUCUGCUCUCCGCGUUCUGUCUGACAGCGCGGUGGUUCAGCAGCAGGCCAAUAGCAGACCCUCGGGCCUCUCUAGCAAGGGGUCGAGCAGCGGCAGCUCCAGCAGCAGCAGCAGCAGCUCCAGCGACUCGGAAAGCAGCUCCGGCUCCGACUCGGAGAGCGAAAGCAGCUCUAGUGGGAGUGAAGGCAGUAAACCGUCUCACUACUCCAGCCCAGAGCCAGAACAAGCUUCUUCCAACAAGUGGCAGCUGGAUAAAUGGCUCAACAAAGUGAAUCCCCAUAAGCCUCCGCUCCUGAACCAAAAUGAGAGCCACGGGUCAGAGGGCAGCCAGUACUACAGCCGGGGGAAGGACGAGGUACAGGAGUGCGGGAAGUUAAACACCCUCUGCCAGACGGGCCUCCGAGAGAAGGAGAUCAAGAGCGCCUGCAAAGAGGAGCAGAGGCCUAGGACUGCUAACAAGGCCCCCGGGACCAAAGGGGUGAAGCAGAAGUCGCCUCCCACCACUGCGCCUGCGCCUCCCACAGCCGCCGCCGCCCCCACAGCGCCCCCUGCAGUCCCUGCCGCUGUCCCCGCCGCUCUGAGUUCGGGACCCGCAGGGCCCACCCCGGUUGCUGCGGAAGGCGCAGGCGCACCGCCCCCUCCCCCACCCCGGAGGUCGGCCUGCAAGAAGCCCCCGAGGAGGGCGACGACAACGACGACGACCACGACCACGACCACGACCACGGAGAGGGCCUCAGCUAGCGAGGGCGCCAACUGCCACCGGCCGCCGGCCGAGGAGCUGGCGGCCAGCGAGGUGCUGGUGGAGAGCCCCACCCCCGAGCCCCCUAAGACCAGGCCGUGCGGCGGCGGGGGCGCCAGGACGAGCCACCGCAAAGAGCUGCGCUCGUCUGCGGCCUGCGAGAAGCGCCGCACGCGGGGCCUGAGCAAGACGGCCCCCAAGUCCAAGGAAUUCAUUGAGACCGAGUCUUCGUCCUCGUCCUCAUCCUCGUCGUCCUCGUCCGACUCUGAGCCGGAAUCGGAGCAGGAGGACUAUCCGGGCCUCAAACCCCCGGCCGCUGGCCCGGCCCCCUCGGCAGCGCCGGCGGCGGCAGGGGCGGGGGCGGCCUCAGCGGGGGGUGAGCAGCGGCUCCGGGAGGGCGGCCCCGGGAACGGCACCGCCAACAAGGCGGUGGGCUCCAUCAACGCCAGGACGUCGAGCGACGCCGCCAAGGAGCUCGAGGAGCAGUUCUACACCCUGGUGCCCUUUGGCCGCAACGAGCUGCUCUCCCCGCUCAAGGACAGCGACGAGGUCAAGGCACUCUGGGUCAAAAUCGACCUGGCCCUCUUGUCCAGGAUCCCCGAGCCCUCGCCCCCCCAGGAGCCCUCCAUCGCCCUGGCCGCCCCCGGCCCCAAAGAGACGGACCCCGGCCCCCAGAAUCACGCCCCAGAUCUGCCGCCCGUGGAAAAGGGUUUGCCGAAAACUAAGCGGAAACGUAAGUGUGAAAAUGAGGAGGAAUUUAGGGAGAUCAAGAAGACUCAGGGAGAGAAAGAGUGUUCCUCACGACUGACUACUUUGGCCAACAGCACUUCAUCGACAAGCCAUUGCCACUUGAAUACCAAUAGCUUGGCAAUACCAAUAAAUAAAAAUGAGAAAAUGCUUCGGUCACCCAUUUCACCCCUCUCAGAUGUGUCAAAACACAAAUACUCCAAUGAUGAUUUAACUUCUUCCAGUAGACCUAAUGGCAGCAGUCUGUUCACUUCCAUCUCCUCCAGCAAAAAGCAUAAGACGGAGAAUCAGUUGCAGCCCCAUGCUGGAGACCUUGCUAAAACAGUGCACAACAGCUCAGAAAACAUUCUCUUCUAUAAUAAACCACGACCCCAGACAGAGCCAUGGUCACCAUUAUCCAAUGGGCACAGAGACUGCAGGAGACAAAAGCUCAUCUUUGAUGAUAUGCCACGCAGUGCAGAUUAUUUUAUGCAAGAAGCUAAACGGAUGAAACAUAAAGCAGACGCUAUGGUGGAAAAAUUUGGAAAAGCUUUGAAUUAUGCUGAAGCAGCCCUGUCAUUUAUUGAGUGUGGAAAUGCAAUGGAGCAAGGCCCAAUGGAAUCUAAAUCUCCCUAUACAAUGUACUCAGAAACAGUAGAACUCAUCAGGUAUGCUAUGAGACUAAAAACUCACUCAGGCCCAAAUGCCACUCCAGAGGACAAACAAUUAGCUGCAUUAUGUUACCGCUGUCUGGCUCUUCUGUAUUGGCGGAUGUUUCGACUCAAAAGGGACCAUGCUGUAAAGUAUUCAAAAGCACUUAUUGACUAUUUCAAGAAUUCAUCUAAAGCUGCCCAGGCCCCAUCUCCAUGGGGUGCCAGUGGAAAGAGCACAGGAACUCCAUCCCCCAUGUCUCCCAGUCCUUCUCCAGUCAGCUCAGUGGGAUCUCAGGGGAGUCUCUCAAGCACUAGCACCCCUUCACCAUCGUCCAUAAUUAGCAUUCCACAUAGGAUCCAUCAGAUGGCAGCCAACCAUGUCAGCAUCACCAACAGCAUUCUGCAUAGCUAUGACUACUGGGAGAUGGCUGACAACCUCGCCAAGGAGAACAGAGAGUUCUUUAACGAUCUGGAUUUGCUGAUGGGGCCCGUCACCCUGCAUAGCAGUAUGGAACACCUCGUUCAGUACUCCCAGCAAGGACUGCAUUGGCUGCGAAAUAGUGUUCACUCAUCAUAGUGAUUGCGUGCCAUUUAGCUGGACUGUGUAAUAAUCUCCCAUGGACUGUUCAAUUAUUCUGGACACUGUGCUACCGAAAUUCUCAGUCACAGCAUUUAUCCAAAUGAAGGUGAAUAUUUCUUCAGCAUCGAACAAUAUUUUUCUAGGGAGUGUGUGUGUGUGUUUGUAAGUGUGGGUGUGUCUGAGGUUGUCUGUGUA